AUGUGUCGUUCGCACACUGAGCUACUGCAAGAUCCUGAAGGAGCAUAUUCCCAGCUUAUAAGGCUGCAAGCACUCAACAAAGAAUCAGAACAUCAUGUUGUAAAUGGUGAUGACAGAUCAGAGAUCACUUUGGAUUCUCCAAGACAUCCAAGUCAGCGAAUAUCUUUCUUACGAUCCAUAAGUGGGGGGUCAUCUGGAAAUGGAAACAGUAGUCGUCACUCAUUCUCAGUUUCUAUGGGUGUACCAACCUCAGUCAGUUUCAUUGAAACAUCGCUUGCAGAAUCUAAAUCUAUGGCCUUAGCACCAUCAAAAAUGGCCCAAGAAGUCCCACUUCGCCGGUUGGCCUACUUGAACAAGCCAGAGAUCCCAGUUUUACUGGUUGGUUCUACAGCUGCGGUGGCCAACGGUGUAGUACUACCACUCUUUGGGGUACUUCUUUCCAUCAUAAUCAAGAUCUUCUAUGAGCCAGCUCAUAAGCUUCGAAAGGAUUCAGAAUUCUGGGCGUCAAUGUUUGUAGUUCUUGGUGUGCUAUCCUUAUUGGCGACCUCAUUAAGAACAUACUUUUUUUCUGUGGCUGGGUGUAAAUUGAUAAAAAGGAUGCGACUAAUGUGUUUUGAGAAAUUGGUUCACAUGGAGAUAAGCUGGUUUGACAAAACAGAGAACUCAAUUGGUGCAAUCAGUGCACGGCUUUCUACAGAUGCAACAUCUGUGCGAAGUUUGAUUGGGGACACACUCGCGUUGCUCGUUCAGAAUACUGCAACUGCUAUUGCUGGUUUAAUUAUCGGCUUCCAAGCAAGUUGGCAAUUGGCUCUUAUAAUUCUUGCUAUGCUACCUCUAAUAGGAAUGAAUGGAUAUUUUCACAUGAAGUUUUUAAGUGGGUUCAGUAAGGACGCAAAGAAAUUGUACGAGGAUGCAAGUCAAGUUGCCAGUGAUGCAGUAAGGAGUAUUAGAACAGUUGCUUCUUUUUGUGCUGAGGAGAAGGUAAUGCAACUAUACCACAAGAAAUCUGAAGGCCCGGUGAGAGCUGGAAUAAAACAGGGGUUCAUUAGUGGGGCAGCUUUCGGGUUAUCAAUGCUGUUCCUAUUUUUGGUUUAUGCUGCCACUUUUUAUGCUGGAGCUCAGCUUGUUGACGCUGGCAAGACAACAUUUCAUGAAGUUUUCCAGGUUUUCUAUGGUCUCACCUUGACUGCAGUUGGAAUAUCUCAAUCAAGCUCUCUUGCUCCCGACUCUAGUAAAGCCAGGAGUGGAGCUGCCUCAGUCUUCUCUCUUCUUGACCAGAAAUCAGAUAUAGACUCUUCCGGAGACUCAGGAGCAACACCAGAUAAUGUGAAGGGAGAUAUUGAGUUUCGGCAUGUCAGCUUUAAGUAUCCUGCAAGACCUGAUGUUCAAAUAUUCAGCGAUCUCUUCUUGGCGAUACACUCUGGCAAGGUAAUUUCUUUAAUACAGUUUCCUAGAUGCAUUCUCUUAUCUAAUUGA